UGUCUAAAAGCAGCUCCCCACAGCCGAAGUGGGGGCCGGACAGCUGUAAAUCAAGAUAAAACAGAAGCCAUUGAAAAGCAAUAGUUGUGGGAAAGCUUUCGGGUUUGGGAAAUGUUGAAAAUUUUUUGGUAGGCACUCAGAGAAACAAUUACAGGGCAUCCAAGAUCACCCAGCAAGAUUAGCCAAACCCAAUUUCCGUAGGCUUUCAGGUGAAAGGAAUUUCAGAAUCGUGAGGGAAGAGCCAAAGAUUUUUGGGUGGUUUCAGAGACAAUUUCAGGAUACACAAGGAUUUACAGGAAUUAAGCAGAACCAAAGAAGCAAACAAGCAGGAAGCAAUAAGCAAGUUCAAGCAGAAAGCCGAAGCAGUUUUUUAGCAAAUCACCAGCAGAGGAUCAAACAAGCCAACAAGCAAUAAACAGAGAAACUCCAGAAAAUUCAAUACCCAGCAGCAAGAACCCAAACUCAAAAAAGACAGCAAAGCAAGCCUCAACACAGACAACCAAUUCAGCAAAAACCCAAUUAACUCAGAAACCCAAACCCACAGAACCCGAAAGUCAGCAAUCAGAAAUCACUAAACCGAUACCCAAAAAUCCAAAAAAAAAAAAAAAGCAAUUCAUCAGCAAACAAUCACAACACCAAAAUUGAGAACUUGUCACCGAGGAACAAAAAACAGCAAUCCGACUACAGCAAUUACACAGAACAGGAGUCAGUUUGGGAAGAAAAGGAAAUAAGGGGUGGAAUCACUCGGUUUCUCAGAUGGGUGCUGGGCAAUUUCUGAAUUGGGCUACCGGUAUUCUGGUGUUUUGAAGAGGAAGCGGUCAGUGGGUUCUUGGUUGAAGGUUUCGUGCAGAAAAGGAAACGAGGAACAAAGAGACAGUGGACGGCAACAGUGAAAUUCGCCGAGGUCUGUGUUACUGCUGGAUUUGGAUUUGUUUGGGUGUUCUUGAAAAAUCUGGUGACUUUUGGGACAAGAGGAAGGAACCAAAUGCAAAGACAAGAAGAAAUUUCAUUUUUUAGCUUGGAAGAAGCUUUAUGAUAAGUCCCAAAACACUGUCGUUUGAGAGAAAAGAAGAAGAAUUGGAGCUGACUGCGCGACCCGCUACAGGACCUGGGCAGGCACUUUCUGUUGAUGAGAUUAAAGGUGUCUCGCUCGUUUGAUAUUCCAAGGAAUGUCAUCAUUAUUUUCUUCUGCAUUUCUUGAAUUUUGCUUUCCUCAACCAACCCAUAAUUGCCGGCUCAUCAACACAGCAACAAAGUCUAUAAAAGAAACUUGAUAACUGAUGGCGGGUUCCUUUCGCAAACUACGUUGCUUUUUUCUUCUUUCUGGUGCCCGAGAGUGCAAGUUCUUUAGCAAGACCUUCCACUCUGGGGACAAAAUUUAUCCUCUAGAGGAUCCUAAGUCAACGCCAGCACCAGGGCCCGUUAACUCGGAGAGCAAAUUAGAUCCUAUGGCCAUUAUGGUCUGGGCUCUGGCAUGUCCUCCCAGCAAUCAACACUCCACCACUUCUACCGCUUUUAAAAAUGUUCUUUUGGCUGAGGAACUGCUGAUGAAAAAUAUGAGACGGGCUGUGAGAAGAAAAACUACAACAACAAUGGUUACAGCACGAGCAAUUAUAACAACAAUAUUGGUUACACCAGCAACAGCAACAACAAUGGCUACUCAAAGCAGCUAUAAAACCAAUAGCUACAGAAGCAGCUACAACAACAAUGUCUAUGAGAUUGAGAGACAAGGAAUGAGUGACACCAGAUUUGUGGAAGGUGGUAAGUACUAUAUGAUGUGAAGAAUUAGAAUUAUCUAUUAAAAAUGAAGGUUACUAUGGAAAUACAGAGAACUGCAAUGAGUUCCAAGUCCAUGGAAGAGUUCCAGAACAAGGAAGAGUACCAGGAGAGGCGAGAAGAGGAUGAACCCUAGAUAUAGGUCAUGACACAUGAAUGAAAAAGGAAAAAGGAACUUUGGAAGUGGACAUAUUUAAAGAAUAAGUUAUGGUUUCAUCUUUCUAUUUUCUAGUCUCACUUGUGUUUGCACAUCAAAAAGAA